CUCUUGUUUCAACCGAGAAAAACUCUCAGACGGACCGUUUCUCACGCGUUGAGGGUCAAAUGUUUUGAGGAUGUGCUGCUAGUUUCAUAGAAAUGUCAAGUUUCUCCAGAUCUGCCCAGCAAUGGGCGACCUUCGCUCGUUCCUGGUUCCUGAUCGAUGCCAGACAGCAGCCUCCUGGGAAGCUCGCGACCAUGUGUUCUGUUAGAUUACAGGGGAAACACAAGCCUAUCUACCACGCACUGAGUGACUGUGGAGACCAUGUGGUACUUAUAAACACCAAACACAUAGCUUUCUCUGGGAACAAAUGGGAGCAGAAAGUCUACUCGUCACACACGCAGUAUCCAGGUGGAUUUAAACAGGUCACAGCUGCCCAACUGCACCAUAAAGACCCGAAAGCUAUUGUGAAGUUAGCGGUUUACGGCAUGCUGCCGAGGAAUCUGCAGCGCCGCACCAUGAUGCAGCGACUACACAUCUUUCCUGAUGACGAGCUGCCAGACGACAUCCGAGCCAACCUGACGGAGGAGCUGCAGCAGCCCAGAAAAAUCCCCAGAAAACUCAGCGAGUACACGCAGGAGGAGAUGGAUACCUUCCCCAGGCUGUGGACACCGUAUGUUGAAACACACACACACAUUCAGUUCCCAAGCAAACCGAGUGUUACACAUUCUUAUCAGGGUCAUACUAACUAUUCGAAUUCGACUGACUGAACUAAAACCUAAAAAAUGACUGUUAACUUUGAUGGUAAAUGCUAACGUCUACCUUCAAAUAUCUUUUUUUAAUUGCCUGACAAACUUUAAAAGGUGCCAAUCAUGUCUUCAUCUGUUCUUCCUUUGCACCAUAAGGAGAAACAAACACAAAGAUGCGAACACUUUUAUGUUUGUACUGAAGUGGAACAGCCAAAAGGGGGCGAUGUUGAUCUGAGUACUUUGUCACAUUUCUACCUCUUCACACCAACCACCAGCCUUUGUGAGAAAGUAGCGGUCAUAAAGUAGCGGUAGUUAUACAGGUUUACAAAUCUGAUAGACAAAUGAAGCAGCUACCAACAUAAUGGUGCACUUGACUUUGUAGGAGAGACAUAUUAAUGAGUAUGGUGGAUUGUAAACUAACCCAAUGCCUUGCCCUGUUCAGACCUUAUCUGCAGUGAACAGUGCAGGUGAUUUCACGCUGCUCAGCAAUAUUUUCAUGGUCCUACUACAAAAUCAUCUGUGUGAAUAGAUCUAAUGCAAACGCUUGAAAACCCUUUUAUGUGGACAGUUUCACUCUGACAAUGAAAUCAUGCAGGAAGAUUUAAGAUGCAACAUUUUUCAUUAAGACGUCACAAACACUUGUGGCCGUGGUGUUGAUGGUUGUCAGCCAACAGCUGUCAGUAUGUGACGUGUUGCACAGAGAGCAAAGACUCGCCGUUGGACGAGCAGCCACUUGAUUCAACAGAAUAUAUUCUCAGAGGUAAAAACUUAAACGAUACAGCUCCUGUGUGAAUUCAGUCCUCUUGCUAGUACCUAAAUAAAUAGCUCUUUUUCCCCCCAUAGUUGACAUUUUUAUUUAGUCUAUAAACGUUUUUGUGGUGUUGGCUGUGCUCUGAUGGUUACAUACUGGAGUGCCUUGUGAGCUUCCCUGAAAACUUUUUAAAUAACCGCUCAUGUACUUUGUGCUAUUAUUAAACCGCAUAACAUUAGAAGGCAACGCAGUAUAACAGACCUCUCAGCUUGGGCUGAGUAGAUAUGCAUCUGCAGUUGUUUUGUUUAACACAAACUUGAUCUCAAAGAUUUCUGUGUUUCUUUUUUCCCCCCGGUCUAGAUGUUGUGCUCACGAUUUGAAUAUAAAUGUUAAAAUGUCACAAACUGGCGGGCAAAGUCGGCUGUUUUCCCACCACUUCCUUUCUGAACAUACAGGGUUUCUCUGCGGGGCGUGAGAGAGCAUCUGUUUUUUGGCAUAAUCAUAUUCAUGGCUUUUUGAGUCAAGUAUUUUCUGGCUUGAGAUUAGACUGACAUUGUGACCCCUUGUUCGCUGAUCAUAAUAAUGUCCUCCUGUUGCAUUUCUCCGGCUUCAUCUGUAGCGAACAUCACUCUGACUGAGGGCGGCCUCUCUCCCACCUGCUCGGCACUAACGCCAAUCAAUCCAUCCAUCCGUCUCGUAGCUCUUUAUCCAGGACCGGGUUGGUCUCUGUUGUCAUCCGCAGGAGCAGUGGCUCAACACUCAAGUCCACUGGUUGUCUCUAUUUGAGCUGCUCAGAUGUAGUGACUGCUGGCGAGCUCGUUAUAAAACAAAAAGUGCUACAUAGAAAGAGAUUUACACCUCAUGGCUCAACUUUGAGCUGCAUCGCAGUGUAUUAUAGAGUAACACCUCUGUUUUAUUGUAAUAUGGGUGGACUGACCCUUUAAACCUACAAACAGUACUUCUCUACAAUGCUGAUAUUGGUACCUCAAAUACAUCUAAACAUAACCCACAUUGGUUUUAAUAAAUUAAGUGAAAUCAGUUUUGGGAUCAGAGCUCUCUGUGGAGUCACUGUUUUCAUUUAGUUGCUGUCCUCUGUGUGUGCGUGUGCGCAUUGUACAGACACGAACAGCAUGUCUACAUUACGUUCAGCUCUGCUGUCAGUGUGUGUGUGAUAAAUGAGCUACUUUUUGUUUACUGGUCCAAUCUCCUCAGCCAAUCAGUGCGUGCGCUCAGGCCCGUCACCGUGUGAUCACCAAGGUCAAGCUAAUCCUGGUUUAUUUAAGAGAUGGGCCUUAGCCUAGUUAAUAUUCACUCCCAGUCCGUCUUAUUCAUUUUACUGAUCAAAUGUGUGUGUGUGUGUGUUUUUUGAGGUCAUCGAGGGCGAUUCAAUUGUUACCUUUUAUUAAACGCAUACUUAAUAUUCUCUCAGAAAACCUUGGAGCAGAGGAAAAAGAUUAUUAUACACACACACACACAGUGCUCGGAGACAGAAAAUCCACAACAUAAACAUACUGCUGAAGUUGAUAGCAGAGCUUUUACAAUUGAUAACAUUUUUCUGCUUUGUAUCAAAACCAAUACAGCAUGUCCUGAUAAUAUCUGUCUGCUGCAAUCUGUGCUCAAAAUGAAAGGAGAAAAAACACAGGAUGCUGUGUCUGGUCUCAUUUUGAAAAGACAAAAAAACCGAUAAGAUCCGCGUGGUUUCUCAUCUGUCACUUUCUCUCCAUGUUUUUCCUUGUAAUUGUUUUUUUUCUUCCCCAUACUAAUGUGUUGUUUUU